GUUUGGAAAAGUUUGUGAUUACUCGAGGGAAAAUUGCUGACAAUAGACUGAAAAUGCAGUUUAAUGGUGGUAGAAACAAGCGCGAGUCGUUCAUGACGCCGCCAACACUGCAAAAAUGCCUCAGCCGAGAGCUACAGGAAGUUCUGAGCCAGAGGAAUCUUCUCACUGUGAAGUCGCGUCAGAAGAUGUGUCGCCUGCUGGACACUCUGUCCGCAGAGAGUGAGGAGACGGAGAAGAGACGAAAUCUCCGACAGCAGGCUGUCCAAGAGAUCAUCUCUUCAGAACAAUCUUACAUGCAACAGCUGAAGAUUCUGAUUGACUUCUUCGUGAAACCCUUGCAAAAUCUGCAGAUAAUUGACAGUGUGACACAUGCAGCGCUCUUUGGUCACAUUGAGAUGAUGUAUAAUCUCAAUGGGGAGCUUCUGAAGGAACUGAAAGAAGAUACAGAGCGCGUGGCUGAUGCUUUUCUGAAGCUGGCGCCCUUCUUCAGGCUCUACUCUGUCUAUGCCUUCGACUAUAAGAAGGCUCUGCUGAAGCUGCAGGAGCUCACAGAGAAGAAUGCGGCUUUUCGGCAGUUUCUGGGCAACACGGAGUCACGCCCGGAAGUCCAGACCAAGCUGAACAGCCUCUUGAUUGUGCCGAUUCAGCGAGUGCCACGAUAUCGACUGCUUCUGCAGCAAGUGCUUCUCUACACAAGUCCAUCAGACGGGGACUUUUCUGCACUCCAGGCAUCUGUGAAGGAGGUGGAGACAACUGUGGAGCACAUUGAUUCCCUGGUGGAGGAGCAGGAGAACACCCAGCAGAUGAUAACGCUGCAGAAUGCCCUGGUGAGUCGCACGCCAACGGUGAUCAAGCCCGGACGCCGGCUCUUCCGCGAGGGAGUCCUGGAGAAAGUCUCAAGCACUGGAGCUUAUCUCAGGCGCCACUGUGCUCUCAUGUCGGACAUCUUCAUGUACAGCAAGAUCGUGAAGGAGCGCUCAAGAGGGGGCGCUCUGCUAGAGAACUCUCUCCACUGUUGCUGCAUAUUUCCACUGAAGAGAACCAAGAUCACUGAACUCUUUCCGGGCACUUUUCGCGUUUCCUGCCAAGGAGACGGCGUGAUCUUCCGCACAGUGGACGUGCUGGAGGGACAGAGCUGGGUGGUGGCUCUGCAGGAGGCCAUCUCCAUGCACAUUGAAUUCCGGAAGACACUGAGAAAGGAGUCCAGCAAGCGACGACCUCUCAGGCGUCGCAAGGAUGUGAGGAACUUUGAGUGUGACACAAUUCUCAGUCCGAAGCGUCGUGGGGACUUUGAGAAUGUCUUCAGGAUGCAAGUGGACUCUGAAGAUGUGGAGAAUCCGAAGAGGGAUUGCUUUCACCUGAAUCCGGUGAAUAUUCUGAAGAGGAGAACGCAAGAAAGGACAUCUCAGAUGCCACCGAGGAAGAUUCUCCGGCUGCGGAAUGAAGAGCAGGAGCAGCGUGACAUUCUCUUCCCACUGCGGAAGAUUCAGGGCAACAAGGAUGCUGUCAAGGAGGGAGAAUCUCCAGUGGCGGCGAAGCAGCAGGGAUGCGUGCGUCGUGUUCAAUUCGAGGAUCCUCCGGUGAGUGGAAUUGCUAUUGUUAACGACUCCAUUAUGUCUCAGUAUGAGGGCAUCAUUCCGCGGCUGCCCAGCGUGUCUUCCUUGAAGGAUAGAGUCAUCAACUUUUUUUCGCGCAUCUUUUAA